AUGGAACGAAAGCGAAAGCUGCCCGCUCGAGCAGCUGCUCGAGUUGAACAUGUCGCUAAGAAAAGAACGGCGACGCCCCCCGAGAGAUCUCUGACGCCAGCUCCGGGGCCAGUUCCAGAAGCCGCCGUGGAAGAGCCGCCGCUGCCCAAGUCGAUCCAGGCAGGCCAUCCGCUACCCACGGUUGAGAACGCACAGCCCGACGACUUGUCACAUAAGGACUACCAGUCGAUACAGGAGAGUGGUGUUCUAGCCGAGUCCCUCCUUCGAUCACGGCAGAAAUGGAUCAACGACGGGAUUUUCGAGAAGUACUGGACGAAGCCGACGAAAAGAAAAGGUGUUGUCAAGGAGGAACCCAAUAACCCUCCCAAGGAUAGCAUGACCAAAAUCGGCACCAUCACCAUCAACAUCGAGCCGCACGUGCUCGAAGCGAUCAUGUACGCCGUCAAAGACCCGAAGCCUCCUACUCCAACGACCAAUUCGAAUUUCCGGCCCAUUAUCCAGUACGGACCGCCGAAUGGCGUCAUGCCUCCCGAGCCUCAACGUCAACUAUCGACCGCCCCUCCACCGAACCGACCACCGUUGGCGUCCCCUCGUGGGUUGGAGUCAGUGCUCGCAGCUCCCGGCGGGCCACAACCUCCUCCGCAUUCUCAAGCUCCGCCCACGACUCCGCCGCCUCUGCGCUCCCCAGCUCUCCCGACUGCUCAAGCACAGCCGUCGCCGACUAUACCACAGAUGCCCGGCCAGGCUGGUCUGAGCCAGCCCAAACCAUUACACACACCCAGCCCCACGCCCGCUGGUCCCUCGAUGGUUCCUGUUGCGGGUGGUGUAAAUCCCCUCAAACCACCCACCCCCGCAGCCAAACCGGCAACACCUACUCCCUCCGGUGCUGAUCCCAUCAUUGUGACGUUAGCAGAGAGAGCUUCGGAAGAUUCCCACCUGCGAGACUUGAUGAAACGGGUCGCGGUGGGCGAUGCCGGUCAAGCGGAACUGGCACAUUUCCAGAAGAUCAUUGACCAAAUCACCAUCGAGUACAAGAAAAAGGGAGGACAGCAAGGUCCGUCGGCUGACAGACUCAUCGUGGACAGCCGAACAGUCAAGUAUUUUGCAGACGAGGUGCGAGCGAUCCUGGAUAUCGUCCUGGCCUCCAACCCGAAUCAAAAGGGUGCUGACCUCAGACCACCUCCUGGAAGCGAUCCCUUGGUUAUUCUUCUGGUCAAGAAGUCGCUGGAUGAUGAGAACACCAAGAACAUGGUGAGGAGAGUGGCAGAGGGCAAGACCAAGUUUGAUGAUGCCACGCAAUUGAAGGCCAUCCUGGACAAGUUGAAGGAUUGGGUCACUAAGGAACCGAAGCCCGCUCCCUCAGUGUCGGGCCAAACACAAACCCCCGCAGCUCACGCACCCGAAGCAGCCGCCAGCAGCAGCAGCACACCAGCCAGAAAAUCCUCUGUGGUAUCUAUGACUUCAUCUGCAGUGCCUUCCUCCCAGCAGGCACUUCGGUCAAAGGGCCCCCCGCCAUCAUUUAAGCCGGACAUAUCAGCCAUCGUACUCGAGUUCUUGGGUGGUACGGGCGACAGAUAUAUGUUCCCCAAGUAUAGCAUCCUUGAGUACCAGGCCGGCGGUACCCAAGUGCUCGCAUCCUUCCUCAUCGUCCGCAAGGGCAGUAAGUCUAAGUACGGUGGCGAUCCGACGAUGGACUACUACCAACCGGUGACGAUCCGUGUGAGUUCUCAGGCGGGCAAACAUCUUGAGAACCUUGCCCGGGUUGUCGCGCCUCAGGAUGAGGUCAAACGGUACAUGGACGACAUCAUGGAUAACAUGACGCGGGCAGAGUAUAUACUCCUCGCUAUGCGGUUGCCCAGGUCGGAUCAAAAUAAGGACGAUCGCGCCGCAGAGCGAAGCGAAACCCCCAAGUCCGAUCAACAGCGCCAAUUUCAAAGUCAGACCCAACCGGAUGUUUUGUGGAGGACCAAGGCGGCAGCACGUCUGGAGGCACAGCCCGUGAGCAAAGUGCUUGGUGGUGAGGAAGAGCAAUACCAGAGUUUCAUCACAACUGUCAGCUAG